AUGCAACCCGGGCUUUGGCUGGUGACCAGCACCCUGGCAGCAGUGCUGGGCACGGCCCUGCUGGAGGACGACACGUGUCGGGCACCAGAUGGCAAGGAUGGCUUCCCGGGAAUCCCUGGCCUUGACGGGAGACCAGGGCAGAAAGGUGACACGGGAGAGCCAGGGAAAUCAACACAGAGGACGGGCAUCCAGGGACCCAAAGGGGAUGCAGGUGAGCCAGGACCUCCUGGCAUCCCAGGGAACCAGGGCUACCAUGGCCCGCACGGCCCCCCUGGGCCCCCAGGGCAGCCGGGGCCGAAGGGGGACAAGGGCAGUGUCGGCGACAUCCUGCAGCAGCCACGUCCUGCCUUCUCUGCCUCGCGGAGGUCCCCACCACUCAUGGGCAGGACAGUGGUGUUCGACAACAUCAUCACCAACCAGGAGAGCUCCUACAGUCCCCAGACCGGGGAGUUCACCUGCCGCGUCCCCGGGCUUUACUACUUCGCCUUCCAGGUGGUCUCCAGCGGGGACCUCUGCCUGAGCAUCACCAAGAACAGGGAGCGCGUGGUCAGCUUCUGCGAUUACAACAGCCGCAACAUCCUGCAGGUCAACUCGGGCAGCAGCGUGCUCAGCCUGGCCGUGGGCGACCGGGUCUCCGUGAGCACCGACCCUGCCAAGGGCAAGAUGAUCUACAGUGGCUCCGAGGCAGACAGUGUCUUCUCAUGCUUUUCCCACAGGCGGGCUGAUGGACCACCAGUCCAGACCUGCUUGGCACCAAAGCAUCGUGGUGUGUGUGCCCGCAUGUGUUUUCCCCCCGGGAGUGCAUGGGAUGGUUUAGUACCGCAGCAAAUGGGGAUGGUCUCAACCUGA